AUGAGUUUUGUUUCUUUUCCCUCUACUCUCUCUAAGUCAUUGAUGAUGACCCUUAGCAAUUCCAGCUGGAAGCUACCUCAGCCUUCUUUUUUCCUAAUAGGCAUUCCAGGUUUGGAGGAAAUCCAGCAACUGAUAGCAUUGCCCCUUGGUGUUCUUUACAUUCUUGCUUUGGUGGGAAAUGUCACCAUUCUCUUCAUUAUCUGGACUGACCCAUCCCUGCACCAACCCAUGUACCUCUUCUUGGCCAUGCUUGCUACCAUUGACCUUGUUCUGGCCUCCUCCACUGCACCCAAAGUCCUUGCAGUACUCCUAGUUCAUGCCCAUGAUAUUGGGUAUACUGUAUGCUUAAUCCAGAUGUUUUUUAUUCAUGCCUUUUCCUCCAUGGAGUCAGGUGUGCUUGUGGCCAUGGCGUUAGAUCGCUAUGUAGCCAUUUGCCAUCCUCUGCACCAUUCCACCAUUCUGCAUCCAGAAGUCAUAGCGCGCAUUGGUGUGGCAGUGCUGGUGCGAGGAUUACUCCUUCUCAUCCCUUUCCCCAUUCUGUUGCGGCGUCUCAUCUUCUGCAAGACCACCAUCAUAGGCCAUGCCUACUGUGAACAUAUGGCUGUGGUAAAACUUGCCUGCUCAGACACUACAGUGAACCGAGCCUAUGGUCUGGCAGUGGCACUGUUUGUGGUUGGAUCAGAUGUUCUGGUAAUUGGUAUUUCCUAUGCUCUCAUCCUCCGGGCAGUUCUAAAGGUACCAGGUGGUGAGGCCCGACUUAAAGCAUUUAGCACAUGUGGAUCCCAUGUUUGUGUCAUUCUGAUUUUCUAUGUUCCUGGAAUGUUCUCAUUCCUCACUCACCGCUUUGGCCAACAUGUACCUCAUCACAUCCAUGUGCUUUUGGCCACACUUUACCUCCUUGUGCCACCUGCAUUAAAUCCUCUUGUCUAUGGGGUGAAGACUAGGCAGAUACGACAGAAAGUACUCAGGGGAUUCUACAUAAAAGCAUAA